UGUAGUAAAUGCUUAGAGUAGAGUGCUAGUCUACCGUAACGAUAGGGUGAGCUUUGCAGCUGCAGAAUAGACGUUAGCGGGACUACAAGUCCCAGCAGGCUCCGCAAAUCUCUUAUUGUACCCACGCUGCGGUUUGUGCCCUACUGUUAGAGUUCCCGACACCUCUGUUGGGAGCUGUAGAGGCUCACAGUUCCCCCUGUUCUUGUUCCUUACUGAAAUCUAUGGUCAUUACACGUGAGCACUGUAGCUGGAUUUGGAAAUCAGUGUCAGCGGGUUCCCCCUUCCCUGUGCGACUGGGACCGACAUUUGUGGGCCACGUUUACAGCUACUGUAGUUGAAAACAGAGAGUGGAAGCUGCUUUUCCUUUUGCGAAGAUGGCACUUAAACGUAUUCAGAAGGAGCUGACUGACUUGCAGCGGGAUCCACCAGCACAGUGUUCAGCAGGCCCAGUUGGUGAUGACUUGUUCCAUUGGCAGGCUACAAUCAUGGGACCGAAUGACAGUCCUUACCAAGGUGGUGUUUUCUUUCUGACUAUUCACUUUCCCACAGAUUAUCCUUUCAAGCCACCAAAGGUUGCAUUUACAACGAAGAUCUAUCAUCCAAAUAUUAACAGUAAUGGUAGUAUAUGCCUUGAUAUUCUGAGGUCACAAUGGUCGCCAGCACUAACUGUAUCCAAAGUUCUCUUGUCUAUCUGCUCGCUGCUGUGUGAUCCCAAUCCAGAUGACCCGUUGGUACCAGAAAUAGCACACACAUAUAAAGCAGACAGAGAAAAAUACAACAGACUAGCCAGAGAAUGGACACAAAAGUACGCAAUGUGAGGAGACAUGAACAAAAGAAUAAACAGACAAAAUUCUCUUAAUACAAACUUCAAUGCAACUAAAACCACAGACUGGCUCUGAAAUGUUUACUUUACACCUUGUGCCAUCUGCAGUGAAUUUUAUACUCUGGAAACAAGGAACACUGCAUUUCUGAGUGCUUCAGACUCUGAAUUACACUGUCACCUCCAUCAUGUCUUUUUUUGUUUGUUAUUUAUCAAAUGCCAACUGCACUGUUUGUCAAGAUCAUGUCUCUCCUAGAACUGGAACACACCCUUCCAUUAAUAAUAAUGUUUACUGUUUUAGAAAAUACCUGUGCCAUUGAAGAAGCCAAAGUUUGGGGCUGUUGUGGAAGGGAACAGCCUCGAGCUGUCAAAAUGUUUCACAGGUUUGCACUAAAGUUUUGCAGGAAAACGUAAACAUAGGUAUUGUUUUCACCAAGUGCUUUCUUUGAGCUGCAGAAAAUGGAUGUAGUAGCUGCACAAAGUUUCCAGUGAUGGAAUUUAAACAUCACCACUACUGUCAGAAUGUUAGUGAUGGUUACUUAACCAAAAUCCUUCCCCUCCCGACCAUGUGCUAUAUACCCUUCCUGUUAAAAGGUAUAGUAACCUAGCAUUCUUUUUCUUUAUGGAAGUUUGAGUCUGUGGCCAAGUGCUUUAAUGUACCUUAGAAACUGAAGAGCAAAGGAAUUUAGUAAAUAUACUAUAUAAACCAGUACCAGUUUUUAGGAGUUUCCUAGCCACUGUUUGAGGUAUCUAGUGGCUCUGUCACCUUCAGUACUGUCCAUAUCAUCUAGUAAUUCUUUAACUUUGCCACACUUUGUAAUAUACAUUUCUGCUUUCCUGAUUUGUUUUGAGUAAGUAACCAGUAACUUCUGAACCUCUUCAUUGCCCAAGGCAAUACCAUGCCAUCUUAAUUGUCCGUCAUGGCCAUAAUUCUCACCUGGACUGCUACCUAAAGUAAAGUAGAAAUGUUUGGGAGGUGGAAUUGUAAUCUUUGAAUUUGUAGUGGGUAGAACUGUGAUCCUUAAGCACUGGUCCACUAGUAUUAUAUUGCUAGAGUCAGAGAAAGCCUUUUUGCAGUUCAACUCAUAUCUGUUAAUCUGUUUUCUGUACUGCCCACAGCAGCCAGUAAUUCUGAAGGUAAGCAGACUUCUAAAAUUUAAAUCUGAAGACUUGCACUGUCUUCAGGUCUGCUGGCUUUGUUUAUGGGUUGUUCGGUAUUCUCAUCACUCUAAGAACAGAAGCCAUAUUUUGCAGUAGUAACGCAACAUUCUGUUGGAUCCACAACUUGUCCACUCUACCUUUUUACUGAUGGUCCUCGGAACACAUUUCUGUCUAAGUUUUACUGAUUCAGUGUUGUUGAAAGUUCACAAAAAAGAAGAUACCAUAUCAUUGUCUUUUGUGCCAUUUCUUAGCUGUGUGUGGUCUUGAGAAUCCUUGGUUUAAUGUAAAAGCUUUUUAUCUUCCUUCCUGAUGAGUUUUACCUUGUUGACUUUCUUUAUGUGCUGUUAUUACAAAGAUAAAAAUAGCAAACAGUACUUGAGGUUUUGUCAGAUUAGGGCUUUUUGCAGUGUAUUGUGCAUACGUUCAUAGCAUAACUUGGGUAUUUUGCCGUCAGUGAUACUCAGGGUAGAUAAAUGAUUCCCUCAGUAAGAAAAUCUUCUGUAAGUAAUUUGAAGACCUGUGUGCGUAUUUCUUUGAAAAAAAGAAAAUAGAAAGCGUCUCCUAGACUUUGACCUUGAA